AUGUUGGCAGACACGAGCACCAAGGGAACCUGUGCCCUGCAGACGAAAGUGAAGGUUAAGAAGGAUGGUGCAGCUCAAGUUGUGACCUGCAGCACAGAGGAAAUCAUGUGCCAUGAUUCCACAACCAUAUCAGACAGCUGCCACCCGAAGAGCACAGGCUGCCCUGUGACAUGUCUUGCAGGUGAGCAUGUGUGCCACAUGCCGCCGACGUGUGAUGGCUGUGAUGGCUACAACUGGUGCUCCUCCUACACUUGCCCCUUGUAUUGCGGCGUGGAUGAGGUGAUAUGUCAUGAUUCCACAACCAUGACGGACAGCUGCCACCCAGCAGCCACAGGUUGUCCGAUCACCUGUGCUCCCGGUGACCAUGUGUGCCACGUGCCACCCACAUGCGACACCUGUCAUGGCUGCAGCUACUGUUCUCCUGGCUCCUGUCCAACGUAUUGUGGUAUGGAUGAGGUCAUGUGCCAUGAUUCUGCAACCAUGACGGACAGUUGCCAUCCGAAGAGCACUGGCUGCCCGGUCGCGUGUCUUGUCGGUGAGCGGGUUUGCCACAUGCCGCCGACAUGCAACGGAUGUGACGGACACAACUACUGUUCUUCCAGCCCUUGCCCCGUGUACUGUGGCAUGGAUGAGGUGACGUGCCACGAUGCCACGACCAUGACGGACAGCUGCCACCCAGCAAGCACAGGUUGCCCGGUCACAUGUGCUUCCGGUGACCAUGAGUGCCACGUGCCACCCACAUGCGACACCUGUCAUGGCUACAGCUACUGUUCUCCCAGCCCAUGUCCAGUGUAUUGUGGUGUGGAUGAGGUGAUGUGCCAUGAUUCCACCACUAUGACAGACAGCUGCCAUCCGAAGAGCACAGGCUGCCCUGUGACAUGUCUUGCAGGUGAGCAUGUGUGCCACAGCCCACCAGUGUGCGCGGGCUGUGAUGGCUACAACUGGUGCUCCUCUCACACUUGCCCGCUCACUUGCGGCAUGCACGAGGUGCUUUGCCACGAUGCAACCACCAUGACAGACAGCUGUCAUCCGGCCACCUCUGGCUGCCCAGUGACGUGUCCUGCGGGUGACCAUGUGUGCCACAGUGUUGCAACUUGUCAGGGAUGCCAUGGUUACAAUUGGUGCUCUUCGACGCCCUGUACAGUCUAG